AUGAAUCCCAUCUUCCCCAUAGCAAUCACUUUCCUUGUGUUUCUUUCUGCUCUUCCUUCACUCAACGCCGCUGUUCUCGACAGCGACGGUGAGAUAGUACGCAACAGCGGUGGAUCAUAUUACAUAAUCCCAAAAGGAAGUAGUAAUGGCCUCAGUCUUAAACAAAGAUCCGGGAGCCCAUCAUGCCCACUCUAUAUAACCCGGAAAUCCAACUCUCCAGGUACACCUGUAACCAUCUUUUCCCCUUUUAGAUCACUUUUUAUUCCAGUUUCUGCCAAGGUUAAAAUCAUAUUCCAAGCUAAUGUUACGAGCUGCACGGACUCGCUUGAGUGGCGCGUGACCUCUGACUUGUCUACCGGGAAGCCGUAUGUGGUUGCCGGUGGUGGUGGUCCGUCGGUUUUCAGUUAUUUCUUCAGCAUUGAGCAGGCUGGCAAUGGUGAAAUGGACAAUGUUUAUAAGAUAAACUAUUGUCCACUAAACGGGGAAGAUGAUAAAAACUGUGGUGAUGUAGGUUUUCUUCGGAGGAGUGGAUUAUUGGGUAUUAAUAAUGAGAAGCCACUUUUGCUCCAGUUUAAGAACGCUAAUACUGGAAUGUCUGAGAUGUAA